GCAAGGCUCGCCGCUCGGUGAGCCCUGAUAUAAGUUCAUCACACAAUCCUUGGAAAUACUGAGAGAAUUUUAACAGGCAACUAAUUUAAUGUUUGACCUAACAAGACAGUCUCUCUGGACUAGAAACCACCACAGGAGUCAAGAUUCAGGCUUUUGGGUGGAGAAGAGGACAAGACCAGGUCUCAGGACCACAAUGAACAUUCAGUCUGCCAUCAACAAAGAUGUCUUCAUCCCUCGUGAUGAGAGGCUGCUGGUGGCAGUGGAAGUGCGGAGGAGAAAGAGGAAGAGGAUGUCCUUUCUGCCGACUGGAGCCAAAGGAGACUAUGCCACAUUCAUCUGUGUGUCAGUGACCAACACAAGGCCACAUCAGCUCCUCAUUACAAAGGUGAAGCAGUUUGGGGGCUCCUCAUCCUUCACCAGGAGGUCUCAGUGGACAGUUGAGCAGCUCCGACAGGUGAACGGCAUCAACCAGAACAAGGACAGCCCAGAGUUCGACCUGGUUUUUGAUAAUGCUGUGGACCAGUGGGUAGCCAGCUCAUCAGCAGAGAAGUGUAUCUUUGUCCAGAUCCUGUUCCACGCCUGCCAGACCUACUGGGACGGUAAAGCUGGGACUCUGGGAAAGGCUGGGAAGCUGGGCAAGCAGAGCCCCCAGGGGAGAGUGAGUCAGGGUGCUCACCGUGAGACUGGAGCCGGUCCCAGUGACUCUUCACCAGGCUCUAAAUCCAGAGCUCUGCAGGCCCGACGAAAGAGCUACGUUCCUCCCAAACAGACAGAGUUCAUCAACUGCCAGUCCAAACUCACUGGAGAUGCCUGCACCAUGAAUCUGGUCAUCUACCGCUGCAAGGCCUUCUUGAAUCGUAUGAAGAACAUGAUGGUUGCAAAGCAAAGGCGAUCACCAGGACAGCCUGGGCAGUGUGUCACAGGCACUAUGGGUAAUGUCGUCCAAAGGGUCAACGUGGCUCUGGGGGAGCGUGGAGACAGACUGACUCGUGCUGAGGACAAGACUGUGGAGCUGAUGCACAAAGCUCAGCAGUUUGCCGACACUGCCCACAAGCUGGCCCUGAAGUAUUCAAAGUAGAUUCUGUUGGAGGAUGAGGAUGAAAAAUCCUGUAACACGGACACUAACACGAUCUGGUGGUCUGGGCCCAGCUGAUGGGGGUGAGACGACUGGAGAAGAGUCUCAGUCUCAGACUUUCACUAAACUGCUUCUUUUAAACCCCAGUGAUUUUAAUCUUGACCUGUUGGAGACUCCUCUGCCCAGCCACCUGAGGAUUCUCUAUGCUGCAUUCAGUCUGACUGCACCAGAUGAAGCCUGUACUGUAUGAGGAAAACUAGUUGAAGUUAUUUAACAUAUGUUUUCUGUAAUAAGUUCAUUAGUUUGAAGUCACUGCAGACCUUCCUGUGAUAGCCUUACUUAAAUAUUAGUGACAGGUGGUACUGCUCUGAGGGAAUGGUUCUGCUAAUGUAUCUCUGCAGGAUUUCAUUAGAUUUAAUUUCACUAAAUGUUUGAUUUGACUCUGAAAUUUACCACUUGUUGCCAUUACUCGGUGUUCCUGAUGUGUGUGUGUGUGUGUGUGCGUGUGUACGUGCAAGCGUGUGUGUCUGAACAGUGUACAGUACAGUGUCAUGUUGUCAAAUCUGUGUUGUCAUCUUUGUUCAUGUGAGCAUCAAUCUGUCACUUCAUGUUCUGUCUGCUGCUGUGUUGUCUGGUCUGUGUGUGUCAUCUCUGUUUGUGUUGGAGUCUGGUCUUUGAGCUGAGUGAAGGUGGGUCAGAUAAGGUGGAGUGAAGCUCUGUCUCUAGCUCUGUCUUUGUUGAAACCCCUUCAUGUAUUGGACCAUUAAACAGUGAGCGUGUAUUUGUCCCUGGAAGAUGAAUCUGGUUUGGAUUGAGGGGAUUCAUUCUGACCAAACGUCUCUUGUGUGUUUUGUUUAUUGCUUUAUCUGCAGUUUUCAUGUGCAUGAUGUAAAUGUCUCUGAUGUAUUAACCUGCUGACAAUGCUCCUACUUCUCUCAUUGACCCAAUAAAAACAAGA